AUGUCUCGCAACGAGGUUCAGGAGCCACGCAAUCGCUCUAACAGCCUCUCUGCCGCCUGGUCGUUCCUCUUCCGUGGACAGGGCCCGAAACAGCAGCACCACCACAGUCAACACAGCUCCCAAAACAGCUCACCCAAACAUCAAACAAUUCGGGAGGAGGAUGACGACGAUGAGGACAUGGCCUGGGGGAAGGGCGUCACCCGCAAAGUCCUGCCUCAGCAACGGCGAUCCACCUCCAGCGUCCACUCGAGCCCAACUGUCAGCUCACGGACAUCGCCGACUCUGAACGCCAAACGAAUGUCGGACAACCCUCGGCACCCUUCGGCACUAGAGCGGAUAGCCAUUCACAACGGCAACAUCAAUAGUGUCCUGGCCUCGACUCGCGAUCACAACAUGUCACUACCACCUCUGAGCAAGGCUAACGACAGGAGGGACAAGAUCUAUUACGAUAGUGCCUCGCCUGUCUCUGAGGAGGAUAGACAACAUAGCAGUGCCUCCCAUUCUCGCCUCCCUCCAAACGGCCAGCGCAACUUUGUAGACCAAGAAGGAAAACCGGCGAUGAGCUCGACGCGUUCGGGUGACCUUUCCGGGUUCCUCGCCAAGGCUAAGGAUGCUUGUGGGAGUGAAUCUGCUGACUCUGUAGCCAAUUCGACCGCAGAUGCACAUCGAUCGUCUUCCCCUGCAUCAACUUCCUCGGUCCCCUCUUCUUCCUAUCUCGACACUAUACCCGGCUCGGCUGCUCGGCCAACCUCAAAGUCACUGGAGACUGGCGGGCUCCCUUCCAAUUCAGCAUCUUCUUCAGCACAGUCAGCUCCUCCUGUUGGCCUUGGUCUCAAUGGGAUGUCUGAGCGGAAAUCGUCAGAAUACAUGCAGCAGUGGGCCACUCCUCCGCUCUCUGGACCGUCCUAUUUCGACAUCACCCCUUCACACAAUACCUCGCCGCCAUCGUCCAAAAAGUCAGCCGGCUAUGUCACAAAGACUCCUGGUCGCCGCGCUAAACGAACGCCAGCACAUAGCAUCUCCAGCACCAUCACCAAUGGCGGCACGUCAUCGCGGAGAGUCUCCUGUACCCUUCCUGACAGCUCCAGUCAGAACUCAUCAUCGUUUCUGGACGAAAGAGAGGUGGAGAUCGACGAAAACUCGUUUUACAUGCAUCUUCAAAAGAUGCAGGAACGUCACGCCGUUCAACAGGAACCUGGCUGGCUCAGGACCCAACAUGCACUCCUCCAGGCCAAGCAUCGGAUACCAAGUUCUGGACAGCAGCACCUGGACAUCAAGGGCCGCAAAUCCGGCUUUGUACCAGGGUCGCAGCCAUUCCUCUCCAGAAUCCAUUCCAACAGCAGUAGCCCCAGCAGCAGCGACUAUGGGUCGUCACCCUCGUUCCAUCCUGGUCUGCAGCAACAGCAGCGACAAGCCUAUUCUGGGGGAUCGUCGUCUCAACGUCAACAGCCUAUCCAUGCUCUCAACUGCUUUCAGCCAGGAAAUGUGAUUUGUGUGCCAAGGGAGCGAACGCUUGGAGGGCUGAUCUUUCACAAGACCUUUGUGGAAACGCACGUUUUGACUCCUUCGCCGUACUAUCGUGGACAGUAUCUUACGCUGGACAACAGAGUUGUGGAGAUAGACAAGGAGUAUGUUAAAGAAAUUUCAGGCUUUGCUCAGCCUCGCUCAGUCAAAAUCCUCUCGGAGGAAACGGUCUACAACGGAUCCUCGCAAAAACCCACUCGGGUCUUGAUGAUCGACCGGCCACUGGAGGGCGAUGGCGUCGCAUUGAAUCGCUCUCUGGAUGGGCCAGUCAUGCCGCUCGUGCGCAACUUUUCAAGUGAUAUGGCAUUUCUUGAAUCAUUCCCGGAGCUCAGUCGUGCCCUACGAGACUUCAACAACCUAUGCCAGGAGUUCGAGAAGACCUAUGUCUACAUCCGCGGGUUUGCAACUUACACGUUGGACAAGCUUCGUCUUAUCUACGAGAAGGCGUAUCGGGAUUGCCUCGGCGACUCUGUCAAGCUGCAAAAAAUGCUCAUGUAUGGAGUCCAAGCAGAGCAGGAUACCUUUGCAGAGCUCAUCGAAAAUGUGGUUUUGGGAAAGCUAUACCAAAAGCUGUUUAUACAUUCCCUUGUCCCUUGCUAUGCCCAGCGCGAUGUUGACGUCGAUGAGACGAUCGAGAUAUACCACCGCUAUUUGUUCAGUUUGGGAGGACAUCGAGGUAUUGACAGCGGAUCGUGCUUGGCGUCGACGGAAGGCCCCUUGCUCACGGAAACACUCAAGAAGCUGGGACUGUCAGAGAAAAUGAGAUCCAUGCGUGUUGAUAAUGCAUUGGAUGGAGCAGCUGGUCUGCUCCGAGCAUGGGAUCAACAGUCUAUGGAGGACACAAUCGGGCUGAUGACCGCUCAAAGGAUCACAACACCAUCUGCCAUGCAGGAGACUGAGCAGGAGAGAAAGAGACGAGAACUGAGAGAUUCGCUCCGCGUCUUCGUCCAAGACAGCAGGCCGAAAUCUGAGAGUCGUGCUUCGAGUCGCGGGUUUUCGCCGGCACCAUCCGAGGACACGGAGGACGACGAAGAGCAGGAUUCCGAUUACGUCUGGAACACACCGCUGGAGAAGGUUAUUUGUAUCAAGCAGGUCUUGGAUACUAUCGCCAUUGUUGCAGAGGACCAUCUCAUGAAUGGACAAGGCGCUGGUUUCUUGCAGCGGAAGCGCUCAGAGGUAUCUGUUACCACGGACGACUUCAUCCCUCUCCUGGCGAUUGCUAUUAUCCAAGCCCGUAUGAUGCGCCUUGGCAGCAACAUGUUCUACAUGCAGAGGUUUCGUAUCAAUUCGCCCAAGUCAGAUCACAGUUUCGCUUUGGUGACCUUUGAGGCGUCAGUGGAGUUUUUGAAAACUGACCCAUUGGGACUAUUGGGCGCAGAGCAGUACCAGGUUCCAAAUACUGGCGUCAGUGUGGGUCAAGGUGAAUCCGUUUCAGGGUCCAAUGCUCCUUCUGAAGACGAAUCCAAGAGCCCCUCAGAAGAGACCCAUAUUAUGCCUUGGGGGACACCGUCGCACACGGGAUGGGGUUUCUCUCCGCCCAAGAGUGGGCCUGAUGUGCCCACCUUCGAAUUGCUCACACCGGGAGAAGAUGUAGUUCCACCCUUAGGAACCCCCACCAAGGAAUUGUCUCCUUCACGCCCUCCCUUGGCCAACCGCACGAACGACUUUGCUCAGCAAUACCAACAGCGUCACACUCGGUCCACGUCGAUGAACAUCGAUGACCGUUUCCGGAGGAUUGCCCAUGUGGACGAUGCCGGCAGCGGAUCAAGCAACAACAGCAGUUGGUCUAGAAGCCCUAUGAUGGGUCCGAGGUUCACCUCCGGAACGAACUCGCCCCUCGGCGCGACAUCUCCUGCACACGGUCCAGGAUAUACGUCUUUGGAUGCUGUCUCAGGUGGUAUGGGCCGUCGCCAGUCUCACCAGCCCCCAUCGACAUCCCAGAGACACUCCAUUUCGAACGGCCAGGUUCACAUGUUCAAUCACGGACAACACCACCAUCAUCACCACAGGAUAUCAGUCGAACAAGGACGCGAGACCAUGCAUCGCCCCACCAUUCUUCCGCUCCAGUCUCCCAACAUGACUCCUCAACUUGUCGUCAAGCCUCAGAUCAUGCUCCCUCCACCGAAGACCCCUCCAAUGAGCGGACAAAACACGACGGGAAGAGCCAGACCCAUGUCGAUGAUUUCCGUGGGAGCGUUGUCGUCCUCGCCUUAUUCUGGAUCCUUUGGAAGCUCUGGCACGCUCAACGCACGGGAGAGAGCCUACACCUCAAACCAAUCCAGUCCAGCAACGAGUCCUCGGUUGGGACCUGGCAUGGGCAGCCGGCAAGGCUCGCGAUCAAAUAGUCUGAUGUCUGGAUCGUUCCCUAUGUUACGGGCUAAUUCUAUGACGACCGUUUUAAAGGCACAGGAACUGCAAGGAAGCGAGCGGACCGACCAGCUCCCACCCGUGUCGCCUGGCACACUCUGGUUGCCCAAAAACCCGAGUCAAGGAGCCCACUUACCUGCAUUCUCGUUUUCUCCAUCGCAGUUCACGGAGUCUCCAAGCCUGAUGCCCACAUCUACCACAACUGUCCUUGCACCCAAAACGCCAGAACAGCCUUCAAACCCAAGCCGCACUGGAUUUGGAUCGAAUCAGUUGGGCCACAUUCGCACAUCACCAGCCUCGACAACAUCGUCCAUCUCGACCCCGACGACACCCUCGACUUUCUCGCCUUCGAGCUCAAAUGCACUCCUGGAUUCGCUCAACACCAGUGCACAAUUGGCCACUCCGCCUACUAUCGGACCUGGUCUGGCACGGAGCAAGACCGGACACUCUGCUGAGCCGUCAGUCGCUUCCUCAUCCUCGUCUAUUACAUCGAGCGAGACUGGUAGUGUUCGUUCCAAAUCUAGCCUCGGCCGACAAAAAUCUCUUCGCUUGACCAUUCCAAAGCUGGCUCUCUCCCCAUCGGCACCUUCUACAGUUUUCUGCAAGACGACUGUCGCUUCUGCAGCUACUCACGAAACUUCGAUUGUGGACGAUAUGGAGCCCUCCUCGAGACAGACUGUCAAAGGCACCGGGAAUCUAAGUGCAAAGAGCGCCCCCGAGGUACCUACACUGGCUAGCUUGGCCAGAUCCGGAAAUUCUCACGCUCGUGCUCGCUCCCCAGCCAUCUCGAUGGCCAAUUCGCCGUUUACCUUUGCAGAUCUUCAAAAGUCAUCGCCGCUUCAGUCUCCCGUUAGUCAGGACGAAGACAAGGAUGGUCUCUCACAAGUCCUUGCGGAUAGUGGCGCGCCAGCAGCGGCACAGCGACCCAGCAGGAUUCCUCAAGUGGAGCAACAACUGCUGCAAGAGACUCGGGAGGACGCGGAGCGGGACCUGGAAAACACUUCUCGGACCCGGUCCGCGGUCAAGGUUCACCCUGCAUCGACAUCCUCGACGUCGAUUACGACAUCCUCGACGUCGAUUACGACAACGUCGGCAACGCCAACAUCGCCUGCAUUCCCACCACAGCACUUUCAGUUUGUGGGACGACAAUCUGCACCCGAGAUAAUCUCACUCGCCAGCCCGAUGACAGGCAGUAUUGUUAUCGGGUCAGGGAACUCUUCAUCCAGCGAAGGAAAACUGAUGUCAAGCAGCUACACACCUGCGUACCACGAUCAUCACCUCCGGAGCAGCAGUGUCAACAGCAGUCCUGGAGGCAUUCAUUUGGUCCGCCGAUCGUUGGAUGGUCCUCGUCCUAGCUCAAGUCUUGGUUACUAUGGAUCUCAUGGCUCCAGUUAUGGGUCUAACCAGGCUUCGGAGUACUCUUCUGGAUCGGGUUUCCAUUCUCAGCAGGCCCGCCAGUCAUCUCCGCUUCUGAACUCGAUCCCUAGGCAGCAGCCCUCGUACUCCAACUCUUCGUACAAUGGCGGAGGCGGCUCUCAGUACCAUCAGCAGAUCAAGCAACAGCAAGGUCAGCACCAUCAGCGCCAGCACUCUGCAUCGGCAUCGACCUCUCAUAUCCCACCAAUGUCGUCUUCGUUCACCUACAACUCUGGAUCAGGCCACUUUCCUCGCGGAUUGGGUAUUCUGACACCCAGCACCAGCAGCGAGCUCGGACACGGUCACAGUCACGGCACCAAUGAGACCGGGUCAUCGAAGCACUCGGACAGGAGGAGCGACGGUAACAGCAGCAUCAACAAUGGUACACUCGCAUCAUCAGGUCGCCUGGACUCGCCUUGGCUCGCCCCCAGCCCUGCAACUACCAGGACGUCGUCGGCAUUGGGCCAGAGAGAGGGCGAGGCGUCAUGGAGCGAGGAGGGGUCUCCUCUACAGGGUGACAACCAAGGCGUUCACCCCUUUACCCACGAGAUUCCCAGGACAAGAGAGACCAGCGGUUCGCACUCAAAGAUGGAUAGUGGCAAGUACGUUGGCCAUCAGCAUCAGCGAAGCAGCAGUAGUACCAACAGUGGAGGAGUCACGGCGAUCUGCACCCCGAUCAUCAGCGCUACCUUGGCGACCGAACAUGUCAGCCACGGAACUGCUUUGGAUUUCGACAGAGACUUUUGUCUGGACACAGCGACGCUCUCGAGCGACAGUCGACGUGGGAGCACGACCAGCUUGAGGGCCGCGAAAUCCAAUGGCUUCCAACCGGAGCAGGUCAUCUUACCCUGGGGCAGCAGUGGUAACCAGAAUCUGUCGUCUAAUGCUGGAAAGGGAGGCAUAGUAGGAAGUGGAGGAAGCCGAUUGGGGGUGAUGACUGGCAGCUUUGUUGAUCUCCCUGCGGCCAUCAACUCGUCCUUGUCGUCAUCAUCUUCGACAGUGACUUCGGCGCGUCCAGUGGCCCCAUUUGCGCUUCGCACUGGAGGAGGAGGAGGAAGUAGCGGGACUGCAACACCGACCUUAUCGGGAUCCUUCUUGUUGGAGAGCAGCAGUAGCACGUUGAUGGGAGACUUUUUGAGCGAGUUGGCCAAAGUCGAGGACGGAGAUGUAUUGGUCGGCAACGGACGCAGUGGAUUCGUGAGCCGACGGUAA